AUGUCUCGCAUUCCAGUGCUCCCUUCACGAACAAUAACAAUACAAGGAACAUCUCACCAAACUCCACAGAGAAACUGUCCUUAUGUGAUUGCCGGAUAUGUCAUGAUUAAUACUCGAAGUGCGGUCACUACUGCUUUCCCUGAACCCCCAUCAUCACAUCCUCCAAGUAAUACCGUAACAAUAUAUCAAGAUCCUGAUGAACCUGAUAAACUACAAUCAUUCCUUGAUAGAUGGAAUUAA